GGGGCCCCACGGGUCGGCGGCGCGGUUGCCAUGGCAGCAGGGUCGAGGGUCAGCGCGCAGACAGGCCCGGAGGCUGCGGGCGGCCCUCGGAGCCCCACACAGGUGUCUCCGAGCCCGCAGCUCUGAGGGGUGGCCGGGCAGCGCCGCCGCCAUGUCGCUGGGCACCGGGGAGGCGACCUCGGAGACGGGAGAUGACAGUCUAUCUGCAAUCACCUUUGACUCUGACUUUGAGACGAGAACAAAAAGGAAAAGUUUCCACAAACCUCCACCCACAUCACCAAAAUCACCCUAUCACUCUAAGCCAAGAAAAGUGUCAUCCUGGAGGUCCCUCAGGACCGCAGCGAGCAUGCCUCUGGGUGGUCGAAUGUCCUUAACCCCACAGAAGCUGUGGCUGGGAACUCCGAAACAAGGAAGUCUGACCGAACCCCUGAAAUCAAACCUCACCUUGGAGCAUGCAUGGACCAACCCCCCCAGCAGCACUCCCAACUAUCUGACAGAAGCUUUAAGAAUGAAGAGGUCAAACCUCAGGCGUUCUGCCAGCAAUGGUCAUGUCCCUGGGAUUCCUGUCUACAGAGAGAAAGAAGAUAUGUAUGACGAGAUUAUUGAGUUAAAGAAGUCAUUACACAUGCAGAAAAACGAUGUGGAUCUGAUGAGGACAAAGCUUCGGCGCUUAGAAGAGGAAAAUAGCAGGAAGGAUCGGCAGAUAGAGCAGCUCUUGGAUCCCAGUCGAGGCUCGGAUUUUGUUCGGACUCUGGCAGAGAAAAGGCCUGAUUCCGGUUGGGUUGUGAAUGGGCUGAAGCAGAGGAUCCUGAAGCUGGAGCAGCAGUGCAAGUCGAAGGACGCCACCAUCAGCAAACUCCAGACUGAUAUGAAGACCACUAACUUGGAAGAGAUGAGGAUCGCCAUGGAGACAUACUACGAGGAGAUUCAUCGUCUCCAGACUCUCUUGGCAACUUCUGACACUACAGCAAAGAAGCCUGCGGGGGAGAAGAAGGCGGGUGCUAAGAGGCAGAAGAAGAUGAGCAGUGCUCUCCUGAACCUGUCUCGGAGCGUCCAGGAGCUGACAGAGGAGAACCAGAGCCUGAAGGAAGACCUGGACCGUGUGCUGAGCAACUCCCCCACCACCUCCAAGAUAAAGGCAGGUUACGUGGAGUGGAGCAAGCCCAGGCUGCUGAGGCGCAUUUCGGAGCUGGAGAAGAAAAUCAGUUCUAUGGAGAGCUCAAAAUCACACGCCUCAGACCUGGCCAAAUCCAAUCCGCUGGCUCGUCCUGCAUCAGGCUCCACGGUGCACAGACAGCCACGAGGGGACCAGGACCACCAGGAGGACCAGGAGCAUCUCCAAGAGGCCAUGAGAAACCUGACGGGGGAGCGGAAUGCCCUGCAGAUGCAGCUGCUGGAGAGAGAGCUGGAAGUGAAGCAGCUGCUGCAGACGAAGGCUGACUUGGAGAAGGAGCUGGAAAAUGCGAGGGAAGACAAGGAGGAGAGAAGAGAACGAGAGGAGGCUUUGAAAGAGGAAAUUCAAACACUUAUCAACAAGUUUCAAGAACUGCAAGAAAUUAGGAAAGAAGAGAAAGAUGAUCCCGUGGAAACUACUCAUGAGACCCAAGAAGAGCUCCGAGCUUCCGCUCCCAACAGCAGGCACUCUGAGCCAGACUCGAAUGCAGACUCGAGUGAGGAGGGGCCCUUGCGGUCCCACCCCACCUGCACCAACGGGAGAAGAGACACUGCGGCCAGGACCCUGCAGGCCCAGUGGAAGUUGUACAAGCACAAGAAAAGAAAAGCUGUUCUGGAUGAGGUGGCUGUAGUGCUUCAGGCAGCUUUCAGGGGACAUCUGGCUCGGGCGAAGCUCUCAGCAAGCAAAGCAUGUGACUCAGAACCUUCCAGCAUGCCCAGCCUCCCAAAUCAGAGCUCUCCCACGUCCCGCAUCCCGAGCCCCAUCGCCCAGGCCGAGGGCAGCCCCAGGCAAGAGGAAGCCAUCACUGUCAUCCAGUCCGUCUUCCGGGCACACCUGGCCCGGGCCAGGCACAGUGCUACCGGUAACGGGACCACCGCCGCCUGCGCUGAGAGGUCUGCUUCGGCCACACACGAAGAAACCUCCUCUCCGCACUUCCUUGCAGCUCCUCCUGGGAAGGAGGACAGCGAAGCCAGCAGUGGGGAGACUGCAGGGAUGAGGAUGGGCCAGGGAAGUCGGCAGCCCCGAGGCCCUGCCCUGCAGCGCCCUCUCCCUCUCGGUUCCCGGUGCCUCCACCCGUGGAUGACGUCAACUCCGAUGACUCCGAUGACGUGGUCAUCGCCCCACCUCUGCUUGUGAGGAAGAGUUCUUCCCCGGUCUAGGUCCCCAGCCGUCUUCUGCACAUGGCCAUGGCUGUCGGGGGUAGGUUAGGGUUCAAAGGACAAAGCCUGUUCUAGAGGACAGACAUAAUAACCACAGUUGGAAAGAUAAUUUAUCUUGUUAGGAAAAGAACAAUACCUACUGAACACCUCAACAUCUGCGUUGGUUUUUCUCUUUGUUUUUGCAUUUUUGUUUGUUUAAGGAACCCUGAAUGCCUUUAUUUUGUUCUUUGGGGAGGGCCAAGCGGUUGCAUCCCUCCUUCACGUCUGGCUGUGGUUCAGAGGGUGCUUUUUUGGUGCCGACAGACACAUCUACCCUGAAUUGGGGGCAGCCAGGGAGGCCUGCAAAGACACGUUCUUUUAUAGCAACUUACAGCCUGCCCGUGACCUUGGCUGGGAGGAGCCGCCUUACAAGGAGCCAGCACCACACCACCCUCAUCCUCCGCCAGCAUCUGCUCCAACCUCUGCCCCUCCUGGCCAGGCAGAUACGCCCUGCAGUGCCCUUCGGAAGAGCAGCCACGAGACAGGCUUCCCCCAUCCCUACAACAAAAUGCAGACUCCCAAAGGCUAAGAGAGGCUGAAGAUACCCAGGUCCCCAGAUGAGCCCCUCCGUCCCCCUCACCACACAGUCCAUUCUUCUGUCCCCAACCCCUGGGUACAACCCUGAGAGCUGCCGUUCCUAGGAAGGAGUCUGGGCAGAAGUUUGUCCCUGGGUAGACUCAGACUUUUAAAAUUCCAGAUUAUAAUCACAAAAGCAGCAUCACACUUGCCUUUGAAAUAAACAUCAGGGGAAAGGCUGUCCCCAAGCAGGUGGCAGGUGCUUCAACCUCUGCAGGUGACCAAGGGGAAGAGGAAGAGAGGGCAGGGGGAGGGCAGCUGUCACUCCAAAGGAGAGCAGAGCUUCUCGUGCCACACUUCAUUCUGUGUCUCGGGACACCCUUGAUUGUGGUGGCCUCUGUACAGGCCACAGGCUCCACAGCCGGACGUGCUGGCCGUUCGGAAGCCGGCAGCUGCAGCUGUGCGCAGUGGAGUUCCUGUUAGGAGCUCACCGUGUCGGUCCGUUGUCUGUCUGUGAGAUUAGCCCUUGCUGGUGAGCAGAAGUGAAGAGCCUGGAUCGGGCAGGACCACAGGGGCACGUAGACCCCCGUGCAGCCCCGGUCUGGUGUCUGAAUCUCCCUGCAGAAUCCCAGCCAGGACGGACCAGCCUCAACUUGAGCCGCUCAGGACCUGAGAGCCCCUCUGUCCUGCACCAGGUCGUCCAUCUUAGGAGAGCGCCGAUGUCGGAAACCUCUCUUAGACUGAACCGAUGGAUUCUCCCAAGGGUGCUGCCCACCCUUGGGUGCCUCCUCUUCCCCAACAGAACAUCUGAUCCUCUUCAACAUGGUGGCCUUCUCAUGUCAACCUCAGGGGACGUCGGCUGAGCCUGAGACCUCCACGGUGGUCAGAGGCUGCCAGCUCCAACACAGCAAGGCUGUGGCCAGGAGCAGGGAGCUUGGCAUUGACCACCUGCCACGUUGGAUGACGGGGUGGGGGGGGGUCCCCCCAGCCCAGCCCUGGGAUGGGGCCACGCAAAGUCCUGAUCACCCUAUGGUUCAUCACCUGGCCCUGUCUCCACUUAGGCUCUGUUCACACAGUGGGCCAGGAGCCUGGCUCGUUCAGUCUUUUUUCCUUAUUUGGACCGUGGGCUGUCAAAUCAGUUUUCUUUUCUUUUUCAUUGAACUGAUUGGUAACAUGACUGAUUCCUAAGUGACAGAGCCUUGUGUGGACCCUUGCCUCAUUUCAUCCGCUUGGGUCUGUCUCCUCCCCCACCCCCUGUUGCAGGUUCAAGGCUGCAGGUCUGUAGGAGCCAGUUUACCUAUGAAGCGUCAAGAGGGUGACACAGGUUCCUAUAGGUUCAGUGUGGGGGAGGGGGGCCUUGAUUCUGUCCCUCCCUCUCCCUCAAUUUCUCAUCGUGUGCUCACUCUUAGGAACCGGUGGCCUAGAGUUCUAGGUCGUAGAUGUUGAGGGAAGAUUAUCACCAUCAGGGACGUCCCUGCUUCAGGAGAAGGUGCUGGGGGCAGGAGGCACCAGGGCAGGCUGUCGUGGUGUCAGACCGCCAUCCUGUGCAUGAGGCUGUAGGGGCCUGGCCAACAGGCAGAGCUGAGAACAAGGUCAAAGUCAGCCAAUGCACUUUUCCAAGAAAAUGGCCCUGAGAACUGUAAAUAUGUAAAUUUUUCUAUUUGUCCCCUUUUGGUGCAGCCCUGUUGAUCUUUUAAAAGCGAACGUUCUGUCUUGAAGCUACCUCAGUAGAUGACAAUACCUCAAGCCUGUGUCUCAGGCUGAUGUUGAGUGUCCAGUGCUGGCCACCCAGGCCUCUGUGCUGGGGCAGCCUGCCCAGCUGCUGUGUGACCCCCCCAACACUGUGUGGUUUUGUUCCAUGGAGAAAGCACCAGGCGGAGGGGCACACUUGUAGGAUGCCCCAGGGAACCCCUGCUGGCUCAGCAGGAGAGGGAAGGGAGCCCCUAGAGUGGGUGCCCAGCAAGAAAGUCAGCCGUGAACUCUGCCUUCCGUGUCGGUGUUACCCUGCAGGACAGGCCCCUCUUCCUGUGCUUGGCGACGGAGGAGCCAGUACCGACACCAGGCCUGCCAGCUGGAGCUGUGGGCGGGCCGGGGGCAGUGGCAAGACAGACAGCCCUGGGGAGACUGGGCCAGGGAGUGAGUCCAGCAGACAGACCUCGCCUUUGGCGCUACGAGCCAAAGCAGGCCCAGCUGUGUGCACUUCGGGGAGUGGUUGAGUGGCACGUGUCACUCAUUCUGCCCUGACUUUCACUGUAAUACCUCCACGUCACCUGGAACUUAGGAACGAUAGUGAAAAUUUACCUGCUGUUUGGGGCUGUUAGGUAGUCCAACUUUCCCCAUCCCGUGCCCAAUAAACAAGCAGUCACAGAUGUGGAAGUCUCCCUGCGCCUGGCCCAGCUGCGGUGGCAGCAGCCCCACCCAUUGAUGCUGCUGAAGUUGGCCUCUGUGAAGGAGUGGCAGCUGCAGGUGCACCUGACCAGGUGUGCAUGGAGGCCGGUCCCCUCUGCUCACUGCUGCUCCAGCAGAGGCACCAUCUGGAGGUCUCCGGGGCAUCCCUCGAGAUGCACGGAGGCUAGCAUGGCACGGGCCACAGCCCUUAUGGCGCCUUGUGGGAUGCUGCUCAGCCUGCAUGCGCUGCUCUCCCAGCACAGGGAGAAAGAGGAUACCCCAGGCUCAGAAGCUGGGAAAGACUCUUGUGUCACCCUUCUGAAGAUGCCAGGCAGUGCCAUGGCACCCCUGCAUCCCUUGGUCACAUCGCCCACCAGAGCAGCUAAGGAGAAAGUGCAGGAGGGGCAGGGACCAGCCAAGCCACAGGAAGCCGCAAAAGGAGGCAGAGCGAGGUGUGCGUUGCCCAGGGCACAAAGCAGGUGGCAGGUGCCUUUCCGUGGAGCUCCGUGGGAGUUUCCGUACAGGGUGAGCCCAGAAAGAAGCAUGCCCCCUCUCAGCUGGUGGGGAGAGGGGAGGAGGGGCCCACUGAGGGAGGAGGGGCCAGAGAAGACUGCCAAGACCACUGUCCCUCGGGCCUCGGGUGGUGACCCGACUUGGAGACGAGGAGGCAAGAGCCAACCAGGGCUAAAUUCCGGCCUAUGAGGCAGCUUGCUGUAGUGGGGUUUUGCUCAUUUGUCUGUGUAUUAAGGAGGGACUCUGUGACACAGUGGAUGGCCCUGCCCGCCUGUGCUGGCGUAUUCUGUCUGAUGAAUGUCUAUUUUUGUCUCCUGACAAGAGAAGUGAGGACCGUGCUCUCUGUCCGUCAGAUGGACCAGAAACCUGCCUUGCAAAAAGACCAGCUGGGUUAGGAAAAGACAGACCAACCUAGCUGGGAUCUACCAAAAUAAGCACAGCAGAACUUUGCUUCAUUUCUCAGAAAUCAAUAGCUUCUGGGGAAAGCACCAAUAACCUUUGAGAGCUGAAUAAAAAAUCUGUUAUAACCUGUCUUAA